UUUUCCUGUUCUGCCGCCAGGUGUCUCCCCAGUCGACUGCCGAGCCGCCUGCAGUGAUACAGAACGCCAUGGCGACCAAGGACAAGAAACCCUUCAGCUACCUGCCCGUGGGAGGUUUCAGCGCCACGGGGCUCAAUUCUGAACUCAGCAUCUCAGAGCAGCGACUCACUAAAGCUCAGGAGGAGGGAGGCGACGGAACGGACUCUGCUGCGGGUGUUGCCUCUACGUCAGGUGACGACACUCGCGUUGAGUCGGGAAGCGGAAGUGACAUUGGAGUGGGAGAUUCUGCACCUGUAGGUGGCGCCCCUCCCCCUCCGCCCCCACCCCCUCCUCCUCCCCCACCCCCACCCCCAGCCUCCAAUGCCAGUGUCCGAAGCCAGCGUUCAGUUCCCUGGGCUCAGAAUCUAUCCCGUCACCGCGGUACUGACGCAUCACAACCUACAACUACAGCAGCAACUUCAACUGCAAGUGCCCCCAAGGAGAAACCUUCUCAGCGCUGGGGAGCUGCUCCAGUUCCGACAGAGGCGCAGCUUCAGACAGCACUGAGGCAGACAUCAGCCGGAGAGACUCUACGCAGGGAGGCUGCGGCUGCGGCUGCUGUUAUUUUGGCACGGACGGCGGCAGAAGAAGCGACGCAGAAAGAGGCUCAGAGAGAGACGCAGAAAGAGACGACGCCGACGACUCGGAUGGUUCCCGCACCGGCAUCAUCGCUGCAGCCGACGCAGCCGAUGGUGAAGGCGAAAGCAGCGACGCUGCAGCGUCGGGUAGGACCCGCGUCGUCUUCAUUCGAUGGAGAGAUGAAAGCUGGAGGAUUGUCGCAGAGGAACAACACGCUUCCGAGGCAAAUGAAACUAUCCAAUCAGCAUGACUCACAGGGACGGCAGGGAAAAAUGACAGCGGCUGGACAGAAGAAUGUCGCCUCGAAGCAGACUCCGCCCGUUUCUGCGUCAACUCAACCUAGCUGGACUGUGAAUUCUGCUGCCACUCCCACAAACUCUCAGCCGAAUGGCAGAGGCGGAAGGCAGUCGACCUCACCGUCCGCUGAUGCGCAGGUGGCGCCACCAGCUGCAGCGGUCACUGGACAGGUGGCGCAGCUAUCGCAGCGCUGGCCGCCGGCCGCUGCGGGUCAGGCCAGCCGAUCGUCGCCCCCUAAGGCGGAUCAGGUUGUCCUGAACCAGACUGCUGUGAAGCAAACGAAACAGAAAAACGCCAGCCAAAAUCAGCGAGGUGUGCAGAAGACUGAAGCCUCGUCAACUACAGCCAAACAGACCUCAGCUGUUCAACCCGCUUCGAGCCACGUAGCCGCUACCCAGGCACCCACGGGCCACGCAGCCACAAAUGGCCACUCUGUACCCCACCAGGUCCCUCUCUCCCAGUCAGCUCUAGCCGCUCUGCAGCAGAACGCCGACCAGACAGCAGUGAAGAUCGCCGCCCAUCCUCCGUGGAGAGUCACCAAAGGCAGUGGUAGUGCUGCCUCGGGAGCAUCGGCACCCGCCGCGACCCCGACCCCUGCUGUGGCUUCGGGUCAGACUUCGGCUUCGGCGCGCGGUCAGCUUUACAUCCCGCCCGUCUCAAAGCCAGCGUCGGCGGCAGAAGCGCUGGCCUCGCCUCCGCCACGCGCCUCGGCUGCGGCGCCCUCCUGGCGGCAGGUGCGACCGGCAGGUCAGGCGGGGUCAGCGACAGUGACCUCGGCUCCCGCGGCGGCUCACACGGGUGGAACGCUGAGGUCUCAGACUAAGGCACGGCCGGCCGGCGGGCAGCAGCAGCAGCAGCAGCAGCAGCAGCAACAGCAGCAAAUUCCUAUGGCUGUCAUGACGUCGCGUACAACUACAAUCCCCCUACAGAUGAGAAUGGGACCGGACGGAAAGCCCCAAAUCAGCAUCGGCGGACGUCCACUGAAGGUCACUGACGAGGGUGUACAGUUCCCCGUGGAGUUGUUCUUCCCGCCAAACGGCGGACAGCAGAACGGGACCAGAAGCAGCUUGGAGCAAAAGAAGAAGCUGCCAACACCUUCGACUGGUCAACCGAAGCCAGUCCGUCGCCAUUCGUCCGGUCCCGUCCCCGUAGACUCGGCAGGUGACCCGAUACCAUCCAUGAGGAGCGUGCAACUCUCAGAGGAAGACAGACAACUGAUGGCAGCCUUCAGACAGAGUGUCGAUGGUGACGCCUCGCUGCACUCAGAGUCGGACCCCCGCUAUCGAGGCGGACACAUCCCUUCUCGAACGUUCCGUCUGCUGCAGGCCGCUACCGGCGAGACUGGACCGGUUUCGGGCGGCAGAGUCCACGCUGAAAGGAUCGGAGGGCCCGGACCCGCCAGAGCUGUCCUUAUCAACAUGAGGUCUGGCAGACCAGGCACUGGAAUCAGCAGCCCGGCGGCGCGAAGUCCUCUAUCUGGGGCCCCUCUAACGACGAGAAAGUAUGUGCCGACCACCGGUACACGCACCUUCAGAGGCUCAACUUCGACCUCCGAACAGCUCGAGUCGUGAUGGACGACAGAUGAGCAUCAUAAAACAAGAAGGCGCUUUUGUAAAUGCAAACUCAAACAACAGUUCGUGACAGCUUGUGCAUAGUUAUUCGGUUUGACUCAAGCUGAUAUCAGUUUGUCUGAACAGCUCAGCAUUAGAGAAAGGCCAGUUUGUCUUUUUUUCUUUGCAUCGUGUAAUCACACAUAUGAUAUUUCGAUAAAUUUCAUUGAAAAGUCGCAGUGUUGCGCGCUACUCACGUGUUGUGUGUUUGUUUCGUUCUGUUCUGGUGUAUGUGAGAUUGCAUGUAUGUAUGCUCGCAUAUAUACGACUGUAAGUUGUGCCCAAGGCAGCAUUGAGCACCGAUAACAAACUGCUAUUAUGUUCCGAAAAUAUUGCACUGCUUCGACUUUUUAACGGGUGUGAUCAUGCAUAUAUCCUACCUGUUCGGACUGUUAGUUUGAUGAACAUAAGCAAGUAAACUCGAAUUGCAGCAUUAAGUUAUACCCGUACUGCUCUGUUUUGGGGGUAUUUUCCAACAAACGAUAUUGUUGAGCUCUGUUCUUAGCUCAUUGAACCUGUUGACGUUAAAAAGAUGCCAGCGCAAGCUUAUUGCAUUGCAAUGAUUUGGUAAAUGGCGGUGAAAUAUAGACGCAUGUGGCUAUU